AUGUCUUCCUUCCUUGAUGCCAGUACUCGGAAUCAGCACACCAAGGCUGAAUUUGCCCAGGCUGCCUUCGCCCGGGCUGACUUCGUCAAGCUACUUCAGAUGAAGCCGUCCCCAACGUGGUCGAUAGACUCGAAGGAAAGCACUCCUGAGAUCCGGCCACAUAUCGUUGACGAAACAACCCACUGGAGGAACGCUUGCGAGUUCAGCCGCCAACGCCUUCUCGAUAUUGGCAUCACAGCAGCCCAGGUAGAGGCAGUUCGCUUUACACAUAACGACCCCAAUUAUUGGAAAGCAGAAAGCAAUCUAUACGACUCCGAAUUCUGGAGGGUUCAGCAAAUACGGCAGUCGAAGAUAGAGCAGAAGAAGAGACCUGUACCAUCGUCCUCCGCAGAUGCCCCAAUCUCUUCUAGACUUCGUAGAAAGACUCGAGAGGCGAAAGUCACAAAGAGCUUAGGGAACGCGCGAAGCAGUCGGCGUCGAGUGAAACCACCAGAUUCUUGA